GUGAGGUAGACAAGUAAAAAACUCAAGGCUUUUGUACCUUUGCGUCCCAUUGUUCGAUUGAUUAAAUUGAAUGAUAAAUUUUACGGCCCCCACAAUCAAAAUAUGAUAGGAAAUGUAAAAGAGCAACGCUGUCCCGGCCAGAGUCCGUGAAAAAUAGCAAUCAUUUUAACCCCAAUUCAGAUUUGGGGAGGAAUUCAUUAAAAUGAUUGAAUAUAACUUGAUAUCCGAGCUGGUGGGUGCACUGAACAAAAUUGGCAAGUACUUCCGGGGUUGUCCGGGAUUUCCGCCCCUUAGUACCGGAAAUGACCCUAAUAGUAGGUCAUAUACUCGGUGGGAUAAACAAAUAUUACAUCGAGAAAGACAAACACCACACUGUAGCCCAAUUUCGCACCUACUCAUUUUUUACAACUGGCAAGUUGUGCUCCAACCGGUUAUGUGACAAUAUCAUCAUUGCCCGAACUAGUGCUAAUACUAUUUCGUGCUAUUUAUAAGCCUAAUGGCCCACAAAGCGAUUCCUAUUAAUAGCCGACAAUAACACUCAAAUUAAGGUAAUUCUAUUAGCAGCGCAAGGUGUUAAAACUGGGAAAUAGGCGAUACCUUGCGCAAGGGUAUGAAAUAACUAAAUAAGCCUCGAAUGUUAUCUUAAGGAGAUGGCUCUUAAUGAACUAACACACCACAUUAGAUGUCUGUUUUACAAAAUCCUCCCACAAAUUGCUAGGUAACUAUUUUAAAAACUCUAAAAAUAGAGAGCGUCUGUCUUAACCCUUCUUCGGAUCCCUUCAGCAACUCUUUCGGGCAACCUUGGACGCCGGCUGCAGCGGAACAUUAUCCCAUCUGCAGAGUGUGCAGAAACACCCGUUUUUCGUCAGAGAUUAGCCGCAAGAUCUGGAAUUUCUUAUCAAAACGCGCACCUGGCAAUUUGUGCACCUACUCCACAAAUACUGCAUAUCACAGGACAACCACCUAGCGCUUUUUUCCCAAAUCAGAAGUUUUACCAUUGUCUUCCUACCAUUGUUGGCAUGCACGUUAGCCUUACGCAAGCCUUUACAACUCGCUACCUUGUUAAUUACUCCACAUUUUUAAUUUUGAAACUAUAUUCCCACUUUAUUUCGAUCGUUGUUAUUGUUCUUGUUAAUUUUCACUUCGUAAGACGGAAAAUGUGUUUUGAAAAAAUAAGGACAUUCGGUUCAAGGCCUGCCGUAACCCAAUUGCUCCACUUGAGCUGUUUGUUGUAAAAUAGUGUUUAUUUUUGUCGUUCGGUAGCAAGAAAGCGAAAUUGUGUCUCGAGGCUAUGGAUGAAAAUAAGCUGAAUGGUAAAACUUCAAUAAAACUGCCGAGAUAAUUAUUCAUCACUUAGAAGCCUAUAAUACACCCUGCGGCUUUUGUGCUUUGUCGGUGUGUCUAAUUUUUCUUGCCCAUUCAAAAGCGUUUUACAUUGAGUCGUCGCCGAGCAAUAAAUUGUUAUUGUUACACUUUAUAAAUUAUUUUAGACCCGUAUUCCAAAAAUAAAUAAAUUGUGUUCACCCGAAAAUCGCAGCUUGGGGACGCCUAUGGCUCAGAGGACCGUCAUUUUUGCAAAAAGUGUGAUGCAACUGGUGAGCCAUCAUUUAGGUAAUGACUUUUUUACCUCGGGGCGUACUUAGUAAUAGUGUUUAGUUCUAUUCUGGCAUCCGGGGCAUAAAGAUCGUUGUUAUUAAUUUUGUUAGUUAAAUCGUUAAUUGUGUGAUGUUUACUGUUUGUGGUGUUCGUCAAUCUCAUUACCUCUGAGGUAACAGCACAAGGAAGCUGCUGAAUCCCUCGUGAGCGCAAGGAGCCAUCACCAUGUCUUGGAUACUUACGUUUCUAGUCUUUGUCAUCUUAGCCCAGCACCAGGCCGAUUCUUCCGGAGUCUUUGAAUUACGACUGAUAUCAUUUGACAACGAAGCCGGGAAGGACGAUAAGGGGAAGUGCUGUAGCGGUGUCUCCGGACCAAACUCCGAAUGCGAGGGAAUGUGUCGUCCGCGGUUUCGAAUUUGUCUCAAGGAAUACCAGGUGAAGAUCGACACCACGUCUCCGUGCACCUUUGGAGACGUUAUCACAACAGAAUUCGAGACAAAUCCCGGAUCGGACAACUCACAAAGCGGAUUCGACAAUUCCAUCGCUUUGCCUUUUCCCUUCACUUGGCCGGGAACGUUUUCCUUGAUUGUGGAAGCGUGGCACGGGAACCAAUCAUCACAUCCUGCAGUAUUAGUGAGUCGCCUGACUAGACAGAGGUGGCUGGACGUGAGCGAUAAAUGGACCGAAGAUGUGCACAGUUCGAACUAUUCGACCCUGAAAUUCGAGUACAGGGUGACUUGCAAGUCGCAUUAUUACGGCAAGGGUUGCGAGAAUUUGUGUCGUCCCCGGGACGACCAAUUCGGCCAUUACAGUUGCUCUCCCACGGGUGAGCGGGUUUGUUUGGCUGGAUGGACGGGAGACUACUGUACCAAACCUCGAUGCCUGCCUGGCUGUGACGAGCAGCAUGGCCACUGCACCAAGCCCAACGAGUGUCGGUGUCAAUCGGGCUGGGAAGGUCCUCUGUGCGACCAGUGCCAGCGGUACCCCGGGUGCAUGCACGGCACUUGCGUGAAACCGUGGGACUGCCUCUGCAACGAGGGCUGGGGCGGCCUUUUCUGCAACCAAGAUCUCAAUUUUUGCACCAACCAUAAACCUUGCCGCAACGGAGGCACGUGUUUCAACACGGGCCAAGGCAGCUACACAUGCAGUUGCCCCGCAGGUUACACGGGCACCAACUGCGAGUUACCCUUACACGAUUGCGCCAAGACCCCCUGUUUGAAUGGCGGUACUUGCAAUCGCAACAGCACCCUCAACAUUUGCAUCUGCCCGGCGGGCUACAGCGGCCCGCGGUGCGAGACUUCCGUCCGCAGUUGCGACGAGAAGCCGUGUCAAAACGGCGGCUCCUGCACCAACACCGACUCCGGGUACCGGUGUGAGUGCCGUCCGGGAUACAGCGGACCCGAUUGCGAGUACCAAGCCAACAGUUGCAAUCCCAAUCCUUGCAAAAACGACGGAACUUGCGUCGAAAGUACCAACGGCUUCACGUGCAUUUGCCCGUCGGGGUUCACCGGCGAGCGCUGCGAGACCAACAUCGACGACUGUCUAGGCAACCCGUGCCAGAACGGGGGUACUUGCGUCGAUAAAAUCAACGAGUUUCGCUGCCAGUGCGUUCCGGGCUACGUGGGCCCCCUGUGCCAGAACCGCGUAGACUAUUGUAUCACCAAACCUUGUGCCAACGGAGGAACUUGUCUGCAGCUGAUCAAUGACUAUGAGUGCAAGUGCGCGCCGGGUUUCACAGGAAAAGACUGUAGUGAAGAAGUAGACGAAUGCCAAGUUGAACCUUGCCAGCACGGUGGUACUUGUGUAAACCGCGUCCACGGUUUUGAGUGUCUUUGUCCGGUCGGCUUCUUGGGCCGGCAGUGCGAGGAAGUGUCGUCGAGCGCCGCUCCGAGUGCGAGAGUGUCCUCCGAGUCGAACUUGACGACGGAACACGUCGUGGUCAUCGCGACGAUCUCAACAUUCGUACCGCUAGUAGUAUUAGUCGCAGUCGGCGUCAUCGUCUGCCUGAAACAACGCCGCAAACGGGAGAAAGCCCGGGCAGACGAGGAAGCCAGACUGCAGAACGAGCAAAACACCGCCAAUAGCAGUUUCGCGAAACGGGGGGCGGCUAUGGCGGCGGACGCCCACAUGAUCAAAAACUCGUGGGGCAAAUGCACCAACAACGUGAUGAGUUCGAACAUUUCCUCGCCCGAUGACUGCAGUGUGUCCAAUAUUAGUGUUAGCGAAUGUGAUGGCUUCCCCAAACCGACUAUGCACCAAGUCAUAGACGGAAGACCAGUGUACAGUCUGCAGAGAACGCGUUCUCAAAAGCAGCUAAAUACCGAACCGGGACCUCGUGCUUCGGCGCUUCUUGCAGCCAAACUGCAUGAGCCCGAGUACGAACAUAUUAAACGUUUGUCUGUGAUGUCAAACGCGUCGGCUGUGUGUGGCUCCAGUGACCCCUCCCUGCUCAAGAGGCCGGUAGAGAAGGAGUCCAAUGGCGUUUAUGUGAUAGAAGAACACUUCCUCCGCCCGGAUGCGAUUUCAGCGGGUCUCUUCGCCACGGAGGUGUAGAGUUAGUUUAUAUGUAUGACUGAUUGAGUGGAUGUGACGCCGAUCCCGCCGCUAGCCUAGGGCACGAUGUACAGUUAUAUUUAUUAUUCGCUCUAAUUGCUAGCGCGCUGGAUCGUCGAUGUAACUUAUGGUUGCAUGUGUACUAAAAUUUGGGACUGGUGUAGUCCCGUGUCCAAGGAGCCUUCGCCCUGCCCGUGACGCCGCUUUAAACACCGCCAAUAACGAGGACUAGAACUUCGCUCCAAUGAUUACACUUUUGUUUAUAUUGUAAAUAUUACGCUAGAAUAAUUUUUCCGUGUCUCUUUUUUUGUCAUUGAAGGAAGAUUCUGGUUAGAAAACCAAAGAUUUUGGUGUCGUAGAAAGCCUGCUUUAAGGGUCGGGCGCGGCGCCGACUCGUCAAGUAGUAUGUAACUAAUAUAACACUUAAAUUGUUAUUGUAAUAUGUGAUGAAUCUAAAAUUAACUAAGUCAGCAUUGUCUACUUACAUGGACUUAUCUCAAUACUUGUAAGCAUUUUUUUCUUAGUAAUAACUUGCUUCCGAUUUGAACUUCUCUUCUUUUUUUUCAUUUGGAGCUCUAGUCAGAAGCAACUUACAUGAUCUUUUAUAAUAUGAUCAACGUUAAUUAGUAUUAGACCCUGUAUCUGAUCAUGAUAAUUUUGAACAAAGACGUAAUGUUCCUCUUAUUAUAACUAAGUCAUUUGCUGUUGUGUCAUAGAACGAUUGUAAAAUCGUUCUACGACACGGAUCUAAAACACUUGUUGUACUACUUAACCACUUGGACAAGUUUAAAGACUUAUAAUUGUCAAAAAGACCUUUUGUAAUAUAUUAUUGUAUAUUUAAAGCAUGUAAACUAAAUGUCAUAUUAGAAAUUGUUCAUGUUUCUUAAUUAAACCUUCCCUAGUGAAGCUGUAUUGUUCCUCACGUGAAUGAUGUUAUUUAAAGUUAUCAUAAUAAAUUUUUUGUUCUCUA